CUUUCAGACUACAAAAUUAAAAGUACAGAGGGGGAAAAAAAAAAAAAAACUUUGUUAGCUAAAGUCAGUGAACUUUGAUCAUGGCACACAGUCAGAGAAUCACAGUUCUUUAUAUUACAAAUGUUUGCUAGUGCAAAAUGUAUUAAAACUGAAAUUACAAGGUGACUUAUCUGAACUGCUUCAAUCUGAUUGUUCUAAAAGCAUUAACAAAUAUAAAAAAGCUAUAUUCUGAGUUAUGUUUUUCACUGGUUUUGACUUUUUUUUUCUAAUUGAUAUUCUAGGAACAUGUUCUUCAGUAUCCAGAAAAGUACAAUCAUGGACUCGACACUAGUGGCGCUGGUUUUCUUGUUCCAUGUUCUAAGUGUGGGUACAGGAAAACCUCUUCCAGAUGCCAAGAUCAAUAUUCAGCCAAUAAUAAAAACGCUUAUGGUUAGGCUGAAUGCUUUCCAGGCUCUUCCCAGCUUGGGAGUCAAUCCACCUGAAGAACUGGAAGGAUUUUCCUCCAUAGUGGCAACUAUGAAUGGUUACAACGAUCUGAUCUCUGAAAAUCUACUGAAUGUUGCCCAGGUCAAAACUGACAUCUCCAGACUGACCGACACCAUCAACCGCAAACUGAUGAACUGCACAGAAAAGAACCCAAAGCUCACACUUCCAGUGCACCUGCAGCAACUGCAGAACGAAUGGGAACAGGACCCAGAACGCCACGUUGAAGCCGUCAGCUUGGCAGCUCUCAAUGGAGUGAGGGAGAUCCUCAAACUGCUACAGAACCAGAUUGAUGGAAUUGCAUCUUGCUGAAAAACUGAUUGAAACCAAAGAUUGAAAUCUGCGCUAGCACUGUUAUUGAGGUCAAAACUGUGCAAUACAUUUUUUGAUAAUUUCAUUUAAAAAUGCACUUAUUUUAUAACAAAUGCAUAUGUAUUUCUUGUAUUUUUAACCUAUUUAAUCUCAUAUCUCAAUAUAUGUUAUAUGUAAAGAGUGCUGCCCCAACAACGAGCUCUCAGUGAGAGUAAUUGGUGAAGCGCCUAAUGCUGAAUCCGCAGUUU